AUGCAGGUCUAUACGACAGUGCUUGCUUUGAUUGGGGUUGUUGGGAUGUCUGCAUUGGCCAGUGAUGUACAGCAACUCCCAGUGAAGACGAUUGAGAACCUUGAACAGGAUCUACGAUCCUUAGUGGACGAUACUAACAACCUUUCUACGGAUGGGUAUGAAGUCCGCACUGGACAGUUCCCGUACCAUGCUCAGCUGUAUAUUAAAAAUGAUGUGGAAUCUUCUACUACCUUGGCUGCUGGGUCCCUCAUCACACCGAAUUACAUCCUGACGCACGCAAAUGCUUUGUCCAGAAGUAUAAACAGCUACAAUAGCACUCAUGGUUAUGCUGUUCUGGGUAUGGACGAUAGAAGGAGCAUAGAAACGCAGCAGCAAAUCAACUUCACCCAAGUAGGUGUGCAGCUACAUCCCAAUCGUGACAUCGCUACAAUUCGCCUAGAUCAUCCAGUUACCUUCACGAAGUUCGUGCAGGCGAUUCGUUUGCCCAGCCUAUCGGACUCCCGCACGUAUGAGAUGAUGGAGGGCACAAACGUCGGAAGCUAUUGGAGCCCGUCGAGAUAUUUGCGUAAUCAGAUAAUGGCGAAUGAUGAUUGUAAUGAGCAACAUCCUCAUGCGUCGAUUUAUUCGUAUAACAUCUGCACGAAUACAUACGUAGGAGGAGCUUUCUGUACGAGAAUGUACGGUUCUGGGUUGAUCGUUCAGGAUGAGAACGGGCCAAUACUGGUUGGAGUUACAACUUUGGUUUUUGCGUGCGCCGUGAAUUAUCCAAACGUUUAUUUACGCGUUUCGGACUUUCGCGACUGGAUUAGCGUGAACUCGGACUAUGUGUUUGAUUUUUAA